CGCCGAGUCAUGGCGGCCCCAGAGCCGGCGCCAAGGCGAGGCCGGGAGCGGGAGCGAGAAGAGGAGAGCGAGGACGAGAGCGACAUCCUGGAGGAGAGCCCGUGCGGCCGCUGGCAGAAGCGGCGGGAGCAGGUGAGCCAGGGGAACAUGCCGGGCGUCCAGAGCGCCUUCCUGGCCAUGGACACGGAGGAGGGGGUAGAAGUGGUGUGGAACGAGCUGCACUUCGGCAACAGGAAGGCCUUCGCGGCCCACGAGGAGAAGAUCCAGACCGUGUUCGCGCAGCUGGCCCUGGUGGACCAUCCCAACAUCGUCAAACUGCACAAGUACUGGCUGGACACGUCCGAGGCCCGUGCGCGGGUGAGCCACGGGCAAGGCCACGGGUAGGGCGAGGCCCCCGGGCCCAGCAGGGGUGGCUUCUCAGGUGAGGGCCCUGGCCAGCCAGCCCCUGCGCUGCGGCGCGCCGCCUCCUCCAGGCUCCGCCUGACCCGGCCGCGCUGCCCGCCCCUCCCCUGCGCCUGCAGCUUCCUGCACGCCUGCAGCCCCCCCAUCAUCCACGGGAACCUGAACAGCGACAACAUCUUCAACCAGCACAAUGGCCUCAGGUGGCCGAGGGGACAGCCGUGGACAUCUUCUCCUUCGGGAUGUGUGCGCUGGAGAUGGCUGUGCUGGAGAUCCAGGCAAACGGGGACGCCCGGGUUACAGAAGAAGCUAUUGCUCGUGCCAGGCACUCGCUGGGUGACCCCAACAUGCGGGAAUUCAUCCUUUCCUGCCUGGCCCGGGACCCUGCCUGCCGGCCAUCAGCCCACAGCCUCCUCUUACACCGUGUGCUCUUCGAGGUGCACUCGCUGAAGCUCCUGGCAGCCCACUGCUGCAUCCAGUACCAGCAUCUCAUGCCCGAGAAUGUGGUGGAGGAGAAGGCCAAGGCCGUGGACCUGCAUGCAGUCUUGGCGGAGAUUCCCCGGCUCUGCCGGCCCCCACUGCAGUGGCGGUACUCGGAGGUCCCCUUCCUGGAGCUGGGCAAGUUCCUGGAGGAUGUCAGGACUGGGCUCUACCCGCUGAUGAGCUUUGCAGCUGCUCGACCCCUGGGGCUGCCCCGGGCUCUGGCCCCACCCCCUGAGGAAGCCCAGAUGGCCAAGACCCCCACGCCAGAACUGUUUGACUUGGAGACCAGAAGGGUGACCCAGAUGCAGUGCAGCCUGGAGAGGAGUGAGGACAAGGCACGCUGGCAUCUCACUCUGCUUCUGGUGCUGGAAGACAGGAUGCACCGGCAGCUCACCUAUGACCUGCUCCCAACUGACAGCGCCCAGGAGCUGGCCACAGAGCUCGUGCACUACGGCUUCCUCCACGAGGACGACCGGCUGAAGCUGGCUGCCUUCUUGGAAAGCACCUUCCUCAAGCACCGUGGGGCCCAGGCCUGAACCACCCAGCCCAGGGCCUAUGGAGCACUGUCCUCUGUCCAUGUGCCUGGGAGCUGGUGGACAGUGGCCCUGCCACGGGGAACCUCACCUUCCACAGCAGUCUUUGGUGACCCCACCCCUGAGGAGGCCCUGGAGUGGGAAUGGGGAAGGGUGAGGCCCUGCUUGCCCUCAGGGACACGAUUGCCCUGCCCCACCCUGGCCACCCUCAGCCAUCCUCCCCUCCUUGUCCACUGUCCCUCCCAUGAGUGCCCCCACCAGGCUGCCUGGCAGGAGGCUGGCACUUGAGUCCUGAGCAAGCAGGGUGAGCAGGUACCCCAGGCAGGGUUGUGGCCGGGUGUGGGGGACAUGCCAUAGAGAGCGCUGCGGUUGAGGCCAUGGUCGACAGAGCUGUGGGCCCACACAGGCCAUCUGGAGCCCCUGACCUUCCACUCCAUCUGAGCGCAGGCCCUGCCGCCCUCUGCAGACGCUGCUGGGCCCUGCAGCCCCUUGCCAGUGGGCUCUUUUCUCCUGCACCCCUGGCCUGGUGAGAUCUGUAGUCAGGGGUCCUCCCUGCUCCCUCCCUGGGGCAGCUGGUGGGGGCGGCCAGCUAGCUCCCUCUCCCAAUCCACACCUGACCGCCAGUGUCCUGGAUCCUGCCCCCACCUGGCCUCUGGGCUCUCAGGCUGCCUCUGCCAGUCCCUAACAGUCACACAACCUCAAACACGUUAAUUACAUGGUAAAAUCAGCGCA